AUGGACUUGAAGUCGAAACUAACUCUUAACUGGGGGUGGGUUGUGACUUUUGCCUCGUUUCUCCUGCAUUUCUUUGUCUUUGGAAUCAUGACUUGCUUCAGUAUAACCUUCGUUACCCUCCAAGAAGAAUUUUCUACCGACUCAACCGCUACCUCAUGGGCAGGCUCUAUUGCGCUCGGUUUGGCCACCAGUGCAGGCGUGAUCGUAACUCCACUGAUAAACCGGUUCGAGAAUCGUCCGGUCGGUGUCUUUGGGAUCCUUCUAGCAAGCAUAUCCUACUUCUCUACCUCAUUCAUCACGGACUUCAGGCUCAUCUACUUCACAUACAGCGCUAGCUUCGGCUUGGGUGUUGGAUUUUGUUCUCUGGCUUCAAUGGACCUCUUGCUUCGGUAUUUCCCAAGGAAGCACUGCUCACGAGCUACUCUUAUCACGUUGGUUGGGGCAAGUUCAGGUAUGCUUGCUCUUGGCCCCCUGACAUACACGUUGAUCGAGAACUGGGGUUGGCGUAAUAUGUUCCGUUUCCUUGGAGCUUUGAUGUUAAUCAUUUCACUUCCAGCCACGAUGACGUUUUCACGUCCCAAACCACAUCAAAAUGAACGCAUAGAAUGCGUAUCUGGGAAGAGAGUACCGGUUAAGAAUAUCAAGAAAGUAAGUCUUGGAAUGAUCUUUGGAAAUCCGGAAGAUGCAACACAGCUGACUGAGGACAAAGUUCUUGAGCAAGAUCGAUCUAAUGUUUGUAUGACAGCCUUUGACAAUGCAGGGUUUUCCAUGGAAGGGGUAAACCAACGAAGAAAAUCAAGUCGAUAUAAACGUCUGUCAGGAUCCCAGAACAGCAUGGAUGCAGACACAGCUGAAGUGAUACCGGCAAAGGAACUACGGAACAAUGCUCUCACACCAGGAAAUAAGGAUGGGUGUCAAGUGCUAAGAAGUAAGUCAGGACCUUCUACUGAUCUUCCAGGAGAAGGGAAAGUUGGUUUCCAACGACUGGGUCCAUCAUGCGGCGUUGUUCAUGAUUUGGUGCUGGACGAAAAGAAAGAGCAACUUAACCAGCAAUCAAAGCCACAGACAAGUGAUCUUCAGAAGACAACAGUCGUUCAGCCUGAAGUUUUGUCGUUUGAUAUGAUUGCUGAAGAUACUGUCGCGUCUUUCAAGACCAUCGACAUGUCAUCAAGUAUUCCACACAGUACCAUUACAGACUCCGACAUCAAACACGUCGAAGACGUCAAAGAAGGAAAAGAAGACACAUUUCCGCAUGUGGUGGUGCAGCCGAGGAAUUCGGAAGUGGAAAAAGAACGAGGGUUUUUCCAAAGAUACAGAGCACUAUUCUAUCCUGAUCUUUGGCUCAUUUGCAUCUGCAUCACAGGUCUUCCAAUGAUGAACACAUUCUAUUAUGUUAAUAUGGGAGAUUUCCUUAUAUCGAGAGGUUUUGAACGCCACGUUAUCCCAUGGGUGGUCACAACGUUUGGGAUCUCCGAAUUGGCGGGUAAAAUUUUGUUGGCUGUUGUGGCUGAUCGUCUGCCCUUCCCCAAGAUCUUCAUCUAUAACUUCGCCUGCGCGGUCGGCAUGGUUGUCAUGGGCUGUCUGCUAGUAGUCAGAUCAGUCGCCCUUCUACUCUGCAUCGCAGUUGCAAUAGGAAUGAUCGUGAUGAUGGUGGCAAAUGCACUUUCUUACUCAAUCUGUAACCAGAUUUUCAGACCACAAGAUGUCCUUCAAACAUGGACGGUUGUCAUGGUAACACAAGGAUUUGGAUAUAUGCUAGGUGCCUUGUUUGGUCAAAGCAUAGACCGUACUGGUUCAUACAACUCUGCCAUCUUUUCCAGUAUCGGGAUAUACGCCCUCUGCGCUUUGGUUUGUACGGCGGUUCCACUUUAUCAGAAGUUCUUCGCGCCAGAAAGAUUUGUGAUGUUUGAAAACCAAGAUGCAUGUCGAAGAACACGGACAAUGAAGAAACGGUAUAAACCAGAUGACCUUGUCGAUGUCGAUACAGGGGGAGAGUAGGGUAAAUAAGGCCACCUAUUAGUGUUUAGCUCCGGUUAGCUCUCUGCUCGAGAAUCAAAUGUAACUGUUUGUGUAGUACUUGAGACAGUUCCUUUGAUCAUAGAGAGCGUGUCACAUCCCAAUGUACGUGGCCAGGAGGAGAUUAAA